AGUCCAACAGAAGAAGAAGAACGGCAGAAAUGCUGUAACACCUAACACGGUGAAAGGUCAGGGUUUAUAUGAAGCAAAUCUCAACCGGUCUCCAGAGCAGGUCGUUACUUUCCUUUUCAAGACAACUUGGGGGUUAAACAUUAAAACUACAUGACGGAUAAAGCUGUCGCUCGCUACUUUGGACGGUAAGAAAAGCAAGAGCUACCGGGCACGUACCGUCCUGUUCCGUCCUGACACUUCAUUCAAACUGGACAGCGGGGGGAGCAGCUCAGUUUAAAGACUCUCUCCUGACAUGUCUGCCUCAAAGUGCUCACGUCUGAGCGGGACUCUGGUGAAGCAGCUGCUGGACUCUGUGGACAGCGUCCUGUUUGACUGUGAUGGGGUCAUUUGGCGAGGGGACCAGGCCGUCCCCGGAGCCCCUCAAGUCAUCAACCUGCUCAAGGAAAACGGUAAGAAGGUCUUCUUCGUCACCAACAACAGCACGAAGACGAGGAAGAUGUACGCCGACAAGAUGUCUACGCUGGGCUUUAACGUGAAGGAGGAGGAGGUGUUCGGGACCGCGUACUGCUGCGCCACCUACCUGAAGACGGUGUGCAAGCUGGAGGGGAAAGUGUACCUGGUGGGGAGCGACGCCAUGAGGCAGGAGCUGGAGGCGGUGGGGGUCCAGCAGACCGGGGUGGGACCGGACCUCGUCUUCGGGAAGCAGCUGGACUGGGCUAACGUGCCUCUGGAUGCAGAUGUGAAGGCGGUGGUGGUGGGCUUCGAUGAACACUUCAGCUACAUGAAGAUGAACAGGGCCCUGCAGUACCUGAGCCAGCCGGGCUGUCUGUUCGUGGGGACCAACAGGGACACCAGGCUGCCUCUGGAGGGGGGCAAGGCUGUCCCAGGUACCGGCUGCCUGCUGAAAGCCGUGGAGACAGCGGCCCAGCGCGAGGCCCAGACGGUGGGCAAACCAAACCACUUCAUGUUCGACUGCGUGGCCUCCCAGUUCGGCGUGGAGCGCGACCGCUGCCUUAUGGUGGGCGACCGCCUCGACACGGACAUCCUGCUGGGCUCCAACUGCGGCCUCAAGACCCUCCUCACUCUCACCGGGGUCAGCACCGUGGAAGACGCUGAGGCCCAUCAGAAGAGCGGCUGCGCCGAGAGGCACGGCAUGGUGCCGGACUACUACGUGGACAGCAUCGCCGAUCUCCUUCCGGCUCUGCAGGGAUGAAAACCGUCCCACACAUAGCUGAGCUCUGUUUGAUAUCAAAGGGAAAUCAUUUAUUUUUUUCUGUAAAGUCUACGAUUUAAAAAGAUCUUUAUAACGAAGUCAUGACAUAGCAGCUAGCUGCUGUGUGGCAGAAGAGACACAGACUAUUAAACUAAAAAAAACACUCUUUAAAGGGGUCAUAUUAUGCUUUUUCUGGUUUUAUAUGCUCUUUAGUGUGUCCUGUGCAUGUUUAGACACAUCUAUGUGCAAAAAUUCAAUGUCCGCGGAAAUGCGGCUUCUCCUACGUCCUCCUGUUAGCUGUAGCAUUAACUGCAUGUAACGCUCGGUUCUAGCCCCCCUCGAAAAAGAUUUGUCAGUGUGACGUCUUGUCAGUGUGAUAUCACUGAUCUAAGCCCAUUGGCUCGAUGUGGCAAGCCCUGCAGCUCAUGUUGCACGGCCAUUAACUUUUGUAGCACGCCCACGAUAUGCUGUAGCCUGCGGUAGCACAGUAGUGCUAAGGUGCUAAUGUUUAUGCUCCCCUCGGAGCCAAAGUGGCUGCAUUCCAAAUAUGGUAAAAGGGGUGGGAAAUUUCCGAGAACCGUGCUGAGCGACUGACCAAUUAUGGCAGAGCCGACAGGCCGACCAAUUAGAUCAGACUUGGCACACGUGGGGACUCUGAACGUGGGCACUUCAGAGCCUUAGACAGAGAGUCAGAAGCGAGCCGGUGCAUGGAGCGGCAGAACAUGAAAACAGACACUUUUUUAGAACUUUAGCUAUUGUGAACAUACUUUAGUAGGUACAUAGAUUAAAUAUACGAACCCCAAAAAGGGCAUAAUAUGACCUCUUUAAACCUUCUAUUUUAACAAAUUACAAUGAUUUAUUACUAAUAAUAUAUGAUCAAAAGCCAAUGUUGUUUCAGUGUUAAAGAUGUAUGUUCCCUUUUUUUUGCGGGGGGGGAGGAGUGGUGAGGUACUGUUGCGUCCUUCCUCUGUCUGUGAUGCAAUCUCUAAUCAGCUACAACAUCUCAAGAAAGAAAAUGUGUACUUUGAGGUUUACACUGAACUGGUCUGACCUGAGCUCUCUUGUGUUUGAUGGUGCUUUAUGUAUUCGACAAAGUGUUUGAACGUUUGCAGAGACAUUCACGGGAGGGUGAAAGUGAGACCAAUUUUUGUUGUCGCGUCUCGUCACCUGUGAAACGGUGAUAAGCAUUGUGUCUUUCUUUUUUUUGUUUUUUUUUUGUUUUGGUGCCUCGACCUUCCCUACACCACCUGUUUCUUGUGACUAGUCAACACACUGUCAGCAAUACCUAUAAUAAACUCUAUUUAUAUAGCACUUUUCAAAACAGGGUUACAAAGUGCUUAUUAUUAUUAAUACUUGACUCGAUAAUAAAAAUAACUAUAUUCAAGAAAAUCAACUCUCUGUGAAUGUAAAUUUUAAAACCGCAAACGUUACUCCAUGUCUCCUCCUCGUCUCCUCCUCGUCUCCUCCUAUGCUUAAAGUCACCUUGGUCUGUCAUCGGCUGGACGCUGCAACAGUUGGAAUCCCUUAUCAACUCUCACCUGAUGACAGAGGUUCCAAUGCUGCGCCCCCUUUGUCCUUUGUCUGGUUUUUGGGAGGGCCUAUUCCUCACAUGUAGCUGCACAUUUUUAGAGAGGGAGGGGGGGGACAUGCAAAGAAAAGAUGGAUAAUCUAAUUUGAUGUCAUAUUGGGCAGGGAAGAUAUAGAAAAGAAGAAAAUUGCGGGACGACAAGACUUGG